AAAAUAAAAACAGAAGUAUAGGAAAUAGCGCCCCCUUCACUUCCGGAUUGCAAUGGUCCCAUUUCCAAAUAAGGUAAGAGACUGACAGCGGUCCGUCCCCGCCCCUCUCUGUUUGCUGCAGUGAGGUGUACUUGCAUUUCAGCAAAAAUGUAGAAGACCCGGGUUUUAUGUCUGAAAUCUUGAUUGACUAGAACAUGUGAAGGUUGCAAACAAGGAUUGUGAAAAGGAGAAGUCAAGAGGAGUGAGGACGUCUGAGAUGAUGAAGGUUGAAGAGGAUGAACCAGGAGGCUUGCAGCCCAAGAUACCUGCAGCAUCCACGUCACAACUGGAGGAAACAAAAGACAGCAAAGAUCUCAUUCAUCAGAUGUUGGUGAUCAAAGUGGUUCCUCAUGACUGGAGCCCGAGUUCGGAUCAGCAGGACCAAGAAUCCCCCCACGUAAAGGAAGAAGACGAGGAGCAGGGGAUCAGUCAGCAGGAAGAGCGGCUUACUGUGAAGAUUGAAGAUAAAGAGAAAAGUGAAGAUGAAGAGAAACAUCAGUCAUCAGAGUUACAUCAAAUGAAAACUGAAGACCACAGAGAGACAGAAGCUCUCUCUGUGGAAACAGAACCUAAUGGAGGGGACUGUGGAGGAGCAGAACCAGACAGGAACACAGGUCCAGGAUGUUCUUUUCGACAAAGUAAGAUGGCUAUUCACAGAAGAGAUCAAUCGUCUAAACUUUGGCCCAACUUUACGGCUCAGAUAGGAAUCCAAGAAGGCAGGAAGACGGAUGACAGCAGCCCUUGUAGUAAAAGUUUCAAACGUAAGAGUCAAGAUGAUUUAAACGUGACAACGCACCUUGCAAAGGGAGACCACAGCUGUGAUAUCUGUGGUAAAGUAUUUGUAGUAAAGCGAUAUCUUCAGACACAUAUGAGGCUCCACACUAAUGAGAGACCAUUUGCUUGUGAUGUUUGUUCUAGAAGGUUCCAUAGAAAGACAAAUCUUAAAAUACACAUGAUGGCCCAUUCUGGAGAAAAACCUUUUUCCUGUGUGGUUUGUGGUAAAAGGUUUAAGGUAAAGGAAAGUCUUAAAAAUCACAUGAAAAUGCACACCACAGAGAGACCAUUUGUGUGUAGUGUUUGCAGCAAAGAAUUUUUAAGACAAGAAAGUUUAAAAAGUCACAUGUGCAUUCACACAGGAGAGAAACCUUUCAUUUGUAGUGUUUGUAGUAAAGGAUUUUCACGACAUUUGGAACUGAAGAGACACAUGUCUGUUCACACUGGGGAAAAACCAUUUAUUUGCAGUGUCUGCGGAAAAGCAUUUUCCCUGAAAGAUCAUCUAAAGAAGCACAUGCAUGUUCACACAGGAGAGAAACCUUUUGUUUGUAGUGUUUGCAGUAAAGGAUUCUCACAAAAACAGAAUCUAAAGAGUCACAUGUAUGUUCACACUGGAGAGAAACCGUUUGUUUGUAGCAUUUGCAGUAAACCAUUUUCACGACAAGAAAGUUUAAAAACUCACAUGCAUGUUCACACAGGGGAGAAACCAUUUAUUUGUACUGUUUGUAGUAAAGGAUUUUCACAACAAAGGAAACUUAAGACUCAUAUGCGUGUUCACACUGGAGAGAAGCCAUUUGUUUGCGGUGUUUGUAAUCAAGGAUUUUCGCAACCCAGAGAUCUGAAAAAACACGCUGCUAUUCAUACCGGUCAGUUCAGCUGUCUUGAGUGUAAUAAACGUUUUGCGAAGGAAAUCCAAUUGGAGCAACACAUGAGACUCCACUCGAGGGAGAGACCAUUUGGUUGUGAUGUCUGUAAAAGCAGAUUUAAUCAAAAAUGUGUUCUUGAAAAUCACAUGAGAGUCCACUCAGGAGAGAAACCUUUUGUUUGUAGUGUUUGCAAGAGAGGAUUUGUGCGACAUGAAAACCUUAAGAAGCACAUGGGUAUUCAUCAGGGUUGCAAUUAAUGCACAUUUGUUCCUUCUGUUCAUCUGGGAUAUUUUAUUAUUGAUUGGUCUACAUGAUGAUAAACAGUUCCCACAGUCAAGAAUCUAAUGACUAGUGAAGUGUGAAUUUAAAGACCCUUCUGUCAUUAACAGCUCUACUUCACGAUCUCAAAAACUUUUGUAGAAUUCAAACCUGAACUGAAAUAUUCUCUGAUUACAGGUGUUGUAAUCAUUUCAGGGUUCUUUGAAAUCAUAAUUCAACUCUUAAGGACAAAUAAAAUGUCCACUUUCCAACAUGUCAGUAUUCUUAACUAAAUAGCCUAAAAUUAUUAAUCCAAGGCAACUCUAAGCAAAUGUGCUUUCAACUCAGUAUUUUUAUUUAUUUUAUUUUUUUCAGUUUUCUGGAAAUUUGUACCAGAUAUCUGGAGCAUAAAAACUGAAUACUGCUUCCCUGAUUCUGAAACUCACAUGGAGAAUUGCCUAGAGCUGUGAACAGCUAUCUGACUUUUUAGGCAGAUGUAUCAUGACAACGUUGCAGUUUAUCCAACCAAAGAUAAAUGCAUGAAUGAGUUUCUCUAGAUCUUCCUGGGACAUUAAUCCUUUUUAAAACUUUGAAAUGUUAAUCAGGUGAUAGAAGUUUGUAAUUGCCUUUAUGUGUCUCAGAAGGUUCAGAUUGCUACACCCAGAUUUUGGACAUCAUCACUCGUUUCAAACUGCAACAAUUGAAGCUUUGUGCCGUCUCGAUCAUUCCAAAGAUGACUUCUGUUUUGAUUCUAUUAGUUAUAUUUUAAGAUUGCAAAUCCUGGAAAGCCAGUUUUCUAAACAAUUUUUAUUGUAAGACAGCAAAACUACAAACACAGUCUCCAUAAAAUACAUUUCAACUAGUAUUUGCUUACUAUAAUUACUAAGGUACGAGAGUUCACUAAUGAACAGCAACAUUUAUUCUGACAUUUUCUUUUCUUCCAUGAGAAACUGGAAAUAGGAGAGUUGAUCUUUUUCAAGAACUGUCCCCUAAAAUGCAUUUUUUGUUUAAAAACACCAUUUUGUAACAGUAAUAAAGGUCAAACUUCUAUACAUAAUUGCUGUUUAUGCACACAUUGUUUGCAUUGCCCAUACCAGUGGUAGAGUAAUAUGUUGCACAAUGUAAUUCUGGUUUAAAU